AUGGAUUAUAUGAAUCUAGGUAUACGAUCACGUAAAACCGGUCUGAAUGUAAGAGAUGACAUUAAAAAAGAUGAGUUUAGUAUGGAGAAUAUUGAUGAUUUCUUCAAAGAUGAUGACACUAAUAUGAUCACCAAGAGGAGGAAAAGUAGUGGUAGAAGGACAUCAUCCCUACUACCUGUUGAAGAUGCUAAACACAUGUUACCUCUGUCGUUAUUAGAACAGUCUCCAGAUUUAAGUGGUCAAUUGAAUGUUAAAGAUACUGUAAAGAGAACCUCAGUUCUGAGCCAAGCCUCCAAUUUGCAAAGCCCAUUUCAACCCAGUAACGAUGAACUAGCAGCUAUUCCAGAAGAAGAUGAGGUACCGGAAGAAGGCCAUAGGAGCAGAUAUCUAUCAAGUCGUUUCUCAAGGACGGCACCUAGAAUAUCAAAGGCAAGGUAUUCGACACAAUAUGACCUGAACGUAUCUAGCAACAAUAAUGAAAAGAGUCUAAUAAAUGAAAAAUCAUACAAUAAUAAUGAUUAUCUGCAGGAUGAGAUUCCUGAUCUCAUAGAAGAUUACGAAACUACGAUGGACAAUACCUUCAACACAUCUGAAAACGCGUUAUUAGAAGAUGAAAUAGAAAGUGAUGAAGAUCGUAGUUAUGCGGAAAGUGAACCAUCCAUCGAUGAAGAGUAUAAGGAAGAGAGUAAUCAAGAUGAUGACUCGUUAUCUGAUGAUUUGAAUCUUGGUCUAGAAAGACGCAUGCGAUAUGAAUCAGAAGAAUCAGCCAUGGAAGAUGAGGAAGCUAAUGAAAGUAUUGAAAGACAGGCUUUUGAAGUCAUAAAUGAUGAUUCGAUGAUAGGACCAGAUGGGAUAAGAAGAUCAACAAGAGUAAAAAUACCCACACUAGAAUAUUGGAGAAACGAAAAAGUGGUUUACAAGAGAAAAUCGGCCAAACCUGUUUUAGAAAUUGCCAAGAUAAUAACAUUUGAUGAAUCCGAAAAUGAGUUUGAACAGAGAAAAGCUAAGAAGAGGAAGACAAAAAGAAGACAGGCAAAACAGAAAACAUUAACUGAACAAACGUUGGAUGAAGCUGUGGAGGAGAAAAAAAACAUAUCUGCGAAUACAGACAUUUUUUCGAAAAUACGGUCUGGUGCCUUAAUGGAAGCUGAUUGGCUUCAAGAUGGAAUACUCCAAGCGAACGUUAAUAUUGCCAAAGAUAAAGAAGGCACGGAAACAAUUGCGUUUGGUCCAAAUAUGUCAGAGAUGCAAAGUACAAAGGAUACUAAAAACGAGAAAUUUACCCUUGAAAUUAUGUUCGAUAAGCACAGGGAGCAUUUCGCUAGUGGCAAACUUAAACUACCUAAAGGAGGUAACAAAAAACUUGGUGAUUCAUUACAUACAUUCAUGACCUUUUAUGUCAUUCAAGGAAUUACAGAAGUAACAAUUUCAAAAACAAAAUUUGUUGCAACCACAGGUUCUACGUUCCAAAUACCAUCUUUCAAUAAAUAUUCCUUCAAAAAUAUAGGCAAUAACCAAGCCAAAAUGUUUUUUGUGCAAGUAUCCAUCGAGGGAAGCUCACAAACAAAAGCAUCCAGUGUUGACGGCUCUUUUUUGAAAGGAGACGUUUCAAAUGGUAAUUCAACGUAA